AUGGAGUCUGCUGCGGCCAAGAAAGUUUGUUACUACUACGAUGGUAAGCAACUAACACUUAUCUAAAGUGAUUAUUUAUAAUGGCCAUUUUCCGCAGUUCUUUCUUUAUUGUUGACUUUCUCAUGUUAAUGCAUUUUCCCGAAUUUGCAAGUGCCUAAGUACGCCACACAUAUGUCCCUCUGUUUUGCCAUGUCUUCCGUUUCACUGCCAGUUUAUCACUCUAGCUCUCCCUCCGAAUGUCAUUUGUGCUUGCGUUUGAGCCAUAAAUACAUCCGAAUUUACUCUCGAUUCAGUGGCUUUCAUGCGCUUACCGCAAUGCAUUUGUCCCUUGUGUUUCCCCUUGCCUUGCAUGGAUGAUUGCCCCUAUGUGUGGUUCACGGUCUAAUUUCUCUCCGGUUCUGUCUUUUAAUACUGUGGUAACAGUGUUACCUUUUGUGUGAGACCCCAAUUCUCUUUUUCAGGUGACAUUGGAAAUUAUUAUUAUGGACAGGGGCAUCCAAUGAAACCCCACCGUAUACGAAUGACCCACAAUUUGCUUUUAAAUUAUGGACUAUAUCGAAAGAUGGAAGUCUACCGCCCGUGCAAAGCUUACUAUGACGAUAUGACCAAAUUCCACAGUGACGAAUAUAUUAAGUUUCUGAAAAGCAUCCGACCUGACAACAUGCACGAAUUCACAAAGCAAAUGCAGCGCUUUAAUGUAGGCGAGGACUGUCCUGUUUUCGAUGGCCUUUUCGAGUUCUGCCAACUUUCCGCCGGAGGAUCUGUGGCUGGUGCUGUUAAAUUGAAUAAGCAGCAGACUGACAUUGCUAUUAACUGGGGUGGUGGUCUGCAUCAUGCCAAGAAAUCUGAGGCCUCGGGGUUUUGCUACGUCAAUGAUAUUGUGAUGGGCAUCCUUGAACUCCUGAAGUAUCAUCAGCGCGUGUUAUACAUCGACAUAGAUAUCCAUCAUGGUGAUGGCGUUGAGGAAGCGUUCUACACAACUGAUCGUGUUAUGACCGUCAGUUUCCAUAAGUAUGGUGAGUACUUCCCUGGAACUGGCGACUUGAAGGACAUUGGUGCCGGUCGAGGGAAAUACUAUGCAGUCAACUGUCCUCUUCGGGAUGGAAUGGAUGACGAAUGUUAUGAACGCAUCUUCAAACCUGUGGUCUCCAAGGCAAGACCAAUUUUUGCCCCUCAUCGUGUAGGUUAUGGAAACAUUCCGCCCUGGAGCUGUCGUACUUCAAUGCGGAGCCGAUUCCCUGAGUGGUGAUCGUCUAGGUUGCUUCAACCUCAGUCUUCGUGGUCAUGGAAAGUGCGUCGAAUUCAUCCGCUCGUUUCCAAUUCCUCUUCUUAUGUUAGGAGGUAUGUUAUUUUUGACUGAGCAUUUAACUCCAUUUAGGUGGCGGCUACACAAUAAGAAAUGUGGCAAGGUGUUGGACGUAUGAGACGUCGAUUGCUUUGGCUACAGAGAUUCCUAAUAAUCUUCCUUACAAUGACUACUACGAAUACUUCGGUCCUGACUUCAAACUACACAUCAGCCCUAGCAACAUGGCAAAUCAAAAUACUUCUGAAUAUUUGGACAGAAUCAAGACUAAACUUUUCGAAAACCUUCGCAUGAUUCCCCACGCUCCGAGUGUGCAGAUGAUCGGUAGGCUGUCCUAUUUUGGUCGUUUUGUCUUCCCCUCCCCCCCACAUCAUUGUUGGAUGGCGCAUAAAUCUUCGUUCUGCACCACCAGUGACAUUUCGUUUCAGUGACAAGGGCUUACUUCAUAACUGCUCUUUUCUCGCAUUCGCCGUAUAGAUACUCCGGGAGACUGCAUGGAAGUUGAAGAGGUCGAAAAGGAGGCAAUCGAAAACGAGGAUCCAGAUAAACGGAUUUCGAUUAUGGCCGCUGACAAGGCAAUCCAUGGGGAUAAUGAAUUCUACGAUAGUGCUGAAGAAGAUGGUGUUGGUCUUAACAUCCAGAAUCCCUCCACCAAACCUUCCAAGGACGUCCAGAGUUACCGAAAUCAGCCAAAACGUGCCCGGACCGAUGAAAAAGAUGCACCGGCAGCAGCCAGAGACUCCACGAUGAAUGAUGCUCCCCCUGUAUGUUUUUUUCACACCUGUCAAUUCCGAAGUGGGAAUCAAGUUACUUUAAAGUGCUUUAAUGGCUUUUGUUAGCUAGGCUGUGUUCUGCUCAUGUCUGACGACCAUCCGCCACUAUAUGCAUGGCGUUUUUAGGCUGCACUCGAUUGACCAACCGUGAAAAAUAGUCAGACAGACUCGUUUAUCAGGAUCCAAGAGCUCACAUUUCAGAGUCGGACUGCGUGUCCUGCUAGAAGUAUAGGCAUUUUUAUUAAUACACGCUCCAAACUUUCCCGGGCAAGGUCUGCAAGUGCAUUUAUCGGUAAUCUCUUCGACUUUCGCGUCGUUCGUCCAUUUUCUCUUUCAAACCCACCGUUCUGUAAAAAAUGUUUACCGACAAGCUGUCAUCGUAAUCCGUAGAUGACGUUUCGGACUGUGCUGUCAUCUACGUUGACUGUUUUUGACUGACGACUUUUUCCCCGGUCUCCUCAAUGAUCGGGGGUUGUUAUUCUUAAGAUGCGAAGACCGCUUUCAGCCACUUAUUCAAAUUCUAGCAGGUGCAUGUGCGUUAAAAAAUGAACAAUUCUGGUUUUAAAAUUGCGUGUUGCCUUCCUCCCGCGAUUUCUUCAUCUUCCCGUCCUCAGUCAACCGAAGUUUGCACUAACUUUACAAAGUGGCAUACCAUCUUUGAAUAUUGGUGGCCGGACCCUAAUUUCAAAUUUAUUUCAGUCUUGUGAUAGCGUACUCAGCAAGAUUCUCUAAUAGCGAGUCGUCAGGUAAUGUUCUCACCCUCAUUCUCCGUCGUUUAUGGUCUUACUAGUUCCACUCUAGCAUUCUGGAUUUUCUCGCCCGAUUUUGCGCGUUUUAAUUCCAUGGUCAGGCCUCACUAGUUCUAAUAGUUUUUAUGCCCCCUUCCAGAAGGAAAACGAAGCCUCGGAGUCCGGUGACAAAGAGGAUUCGGAUCCCACCAUCGAACCUGCUUCUGCAAAGGCAACUUGA